GUCUUUUCAAUGCCCAAAGGGUGUUGCGUACACGCACAAGCGAAUAGCAGCAGCGUUUACGAAUAUUUGACAAGGCGUGUCCGUUCUGUGAAUUGAGACACGCGAUAUUUUGCACGCGCUUUCGGAGAAGCAAGAAACAAGCGAAUAUAAUGUUCAAACGAUUCGUUUGAGUGUCGUCAAUGCGUCUUCAGUUAUAUUACGUAGCAUGAAAAUCGCAGAUCGAAGUUCAUUCUGAUUUAAAUACAGGAGGAAACGCUGUUUCACAUUCGUUGGAAAGGUUUUUGAUUUGAGAAAAAAAGGAUCAAGAUGCAGCACGGAAAGAAAUCUCCCAGUAUGGGAACACCGUCCGUCUACUCUCAUGUGACCACUCGCAGCAGCGCGAAUCUCAAAUCCUCGAGAUCGGUCCGAAGCGUCAAGAUUCCCUGGUAUCAGAAACGAAUACUGGCGCACGCUUAUGUGUUCGAUAUCCAAAGGGGCGCUAUGUUUACUGCCGUAUUUUCCUUGUGCCUAGCGUUUUUCACAAUAUGCACUGCCAUUUUUGAUAUCUACUGUCUCUCACAAGCCGCGCCUGGCUCUACACAUUACGGAUACUACAUCAUAUCGUAUGAAUUUGUUUAUGUGGGCAAUCAGCAUAUUCGAAAUGCUCUGGUAGUAUUUGCAUUGUUCUCCAUGCUGGGUGGAAUAGUAGUUUUUGUGACUUCUAUAAUAUUGAUCCGAGCACUGCGGAAAGAAUACGAGAAAAAGAUGAAACUGUGGUUGUAUACCUUUGCCAUAUUCACUAUUUUCAGACUAUUCGCUUUUAUGUUCUUCAGCAUUGUGAACGACAUGAUAUUCGCGUACAAUGUAAUGAUGUGUCUGUUGUGGAUAAUAUUUGUUAGUCUUUCCGCGUAUGGUUGGCUGGUUGUAUAUUCUUUGUACAUUGAACUGUGCGAUCUAACGAGAUUGGAGGAUCUGGCUCACUUGCGGAUUGGUACAAUGCAAUCUCUGAAUGCAUCGACAACACAAUCUAUUGCCGGUUCUCGACCAACAACACCUCACAGCGCGGUAUCAACAAUGCCUGUUAACUGAAUAACAGUAUAUUUAGAAUAAGUUACUUAUUGUAUGUACAUAUCAUUACGCACAAAGAUCUUUACGAAGGCGUUGCAUUUGCAAUUACGACUAACUGCUUGCGACUGCUUUUUUUUAUAAUGGUAUAUAAGAAUAUUCGUUAUGUAAGUUUUGAUUUGUUAUAGAAAUGACAUUUUAUUAACGAUAGAUGUAUCUUCAAACGUAUUGUGACGUAUUACGCAACGUAUAUAAUUCCGUCCACAUAAAACGAACAGUUAGGAAUUUGUAAUGCACAAAUAUUUUUAUAUCGCGACUCACGUAGUAAUAAUAAUAUAUUCCGUCCAUUUAUAUGUAGGUAAGAUUUUCUGAUAAU